AUGAACAAGUCAUUUGUAAAAAUAAUAUCAAGACAUCAUAGAUUAUUUUGUACUCCUUCUUCCUCUUCAAUUCCUCCAUGUUCGGAAGCGGCUGAAAAAAAGCGACCGAAAAAGUGAGUUUGGUUUAAAUCUGGAAUUUUCAGAUUUAUAUUUUUCUUAAAAAAUCUGGAAUUUUUUAGACGCGAGUUCUUCACAAAAAAGUCAAUUUUACCGCAUGGAAUUCAAAACAGCGAUGAUGCCAAAGUGUUUUCAUCUCAAUUACUUCCCGGCGAACGAAAAUUGAUAUUUGACACACUUCGAAAAAUCACAGCUGAUCAAUAUAAUGAGCAUAAAGAAGUAAUUAAAACUGAAAUACAUCACGAAGAUGUGAAACGACUUUGGUAUCUCAAUUUUAUUCCAAUGUUUGUUUUUGGAAUAUUGGAUGAAGCUUGUUUGAUAAUUGGAGGAGAUGCAAUUAACCAGUCAGUUUGUUGUUUUAUUUUUAAAUGAGAUUUAAAAUAAUUGAAAAUUCAAUUGAAACAACAAAAAAAAACAUUUUCAGUUUUUUCUCUGUUUACAAUGGAAUGUCAAUGUUAGCAUCAACUGCUGUUGCCAAUAUAAUGGCUAAUUUAAUUCUUCAAAUCCCUGCUGAAAAUUGUUCGAGAUAUUUGAAUUUUAUGAAACCAACACUUUCAUCUGAUCAAAUGAAUACAGUCGAUUAUCAGAAAAUAACAUUUACCGCAAAAAUUGUGGGAUUAUGGUUAGGUUUAUUGAUUGGAUUGAUUCCUUUAGUUUUUGUUGAUGAUAUGAUUGAUAAUCGAAGUGAUAUUAUAUCGAAAAAUAAUUGGAUUGAAUGUGAGUCAUAAUUUUGCAAUUCAAGGGGCUGAUUCACUUCAAGAGGGGUGAUUCAGAUAGAAACAAUGUAAAAAAAAACUUGAUUGUUUUUCUUCUGUGGAAAAAAUAAGAAAAUUAUUUUUUUGACAUAUCGUGAACCCAACUUUUCUAGGGAUUGUAUUUUUCGUUAGGCAGUUCAACUUCUUUUAGAUAUUAGAAUUUCGUUGAAAACGUACAAAAUAUUUCAUUUCGAAGAUCAGGUCAAGCACCUCAUUCUAAUGAGAAAAACAGAAAAAAUAACAUUUUCUCAACCGUUUUUUGUUUUUCUCCAAGUUCCUGAAUAAUUUUUCUCAACCUUUUCAGCGUUGAGAAAAGAAAUUGGAUUAGUUGCACAAAGUUUUUCAAAGAAAUACUUCCCUUUCAAAAAUAUUUUUUCCUUCCUGAAUCACCCCUUGAAGUCAUAUUUUUGAACAACGAAAAAAUCCAUCUUUUUUGAAGCUUUCAACCAUCGUUUCCGUAGUCAACAAUAUAAUGAAUAUAUUGACUUGAACGAGGAUAAACUAGAAAAUAGUGGAGACAAACUUCCGGACAAAGAUCAUAAUUUUAAUGCUGAUGAUGUUGAGUAA